AUGACAAACGUCAAAUCCUUCCGCGACCUAGUCGGUCUCCCCCCCUCCACGGCCUCUACCGAAGACUCAUCUUUGAUCAUAAUCGAUGCUCAAAACGAAUAUGCCAUCGGCCACCUCCAGGUCGAACUCGUGAACGAAACCCGAAAGGUCAUCUCCGACCUCCUAUCCCUUUACCGAAGUACUGGCAACGGCAAAAACAUCGUCCACGUCGUCCACGAAGAACCAGCCGGUGCACCAGUCUUCACGCCGGGGACCUCCCUAGUGCAAGAGUUCAGUGAGCUCACCCCUCAAUCAGGGGAGAAGGUCGUGACCAAAAAUUUCCCCAGUUCCUUCGCUCAUACGGAUCUCGAUGAGUAUCUGAAGGGAUUGGGUGAUGUCGGGAAGAAGAUCGUGCUUGUGGGGUAUAUGGCGCAUUUUUGUGUUUCGACGACUGCGAGGGCUGGAGCCGAGAGGGGGUAUGAUGUUAUUGUUGUUCGGGAUGCGGUUGGUGACCGGCACAUUCCCGGCGUUAAGGCGAAGAAUCUUGUGGAUACUGCGUUGUUUGAAUUGGCGGAUGGUUUUGCGACUGUUUUGUCGGCGGCGGAGAUUCGGGCCUAG